AGAAGACCCGGCCCGGCCCCCUCCUUCCCCCCUCCCCAGCCCGGCCGGGGAGGCGGGGCCCCGAAGAGCCGUUCCCGCGGGCCGGGGGCGCCGGCUCCCCCUCCCACCGCUUCUACCCUUGCCCUCUUUUUUGCUGGAGGAGGUCUUGGAGGCUCAGAAUUUGUAUUCAGCCCUCACAGCCAUUCGGAGGAUCACCUUUCUCCUGGAUCUUUGUAACACCUUCCUCCCUGGUCUUUCUGCUUUUGCCCUCUCCCUGCAGGUCCUCCCAAACUUGUCUUUGAGGCUUGCGUAUUUUGCCAGGUGACAGCACCUUGUCCCACUUGUCAUCGGCAUUUAUGUUAGGGAUAAGGUCCCAGCCGCAGUGAACAAAGCCCUUCGCUUGUUAAUUCUCAACUCUCUUAUUUUAAAAUGUCCAUUUCUUACCCUUCAGAGAACAGUAAUCAUUCAAGUAACCUUUAAGAAACAUGUUCUGCUUCUUGUAUAAUCUUAUGUUGAGCUAUAUAACCCCCAUAGGAAUCCCAUCCUCUCUAGAAUCCCUUUCCUGACUUGGUAUACUUUUAGAUUACAUAGAAGUACAGGAAAAUUCUCCCAGCACAUUUUGAGUUUUAUUCCAAGUCAUUUUCCCAGACCCUCCAGAAUUUACUGUUAGGGAAGUCAGGUUUCUUCUGUUAGAGAAGCAAAAUCCAGCAUUAAGUCUUUUCAGCAGAAAACGGUAAGGCGUUGUUAACUCCCAAAUCCCACUUUCCUCUCCCCUGACCCCCAUUCCAAGAAGGUAGCACCGGCUGAAUUGAGAAGCAAAGAGGUACCAGGUAGAAGGUUGAGGAGAGGUUAGAGUUAUAAUCAGAAACUGGGGAAAUUUUUAAAAGAAACUUCUUUUGGCAAAAGAUAGCAUUUCUAACCAGGUUCCUUGGUAUUGGGCUUUGAGAGUAAUUUUCCAGCCUCACAAAACAUUUUCAUCAAAAAACAUUUAUUAAAAAAGCUUGUAGGUUUCUUAUUGCCCCACUGAGUCUCAGGAGGGAAGAGGAGAAAACAAGGACUUUAAAGGUCCAUCAUCUGCUUUCUGCUGUUUUAUUAUUUCUGAAUUGCCAGCAACUCAGGAAAUAAGGUUAGGAUACCAUCCGUUGGUUAUAUAAAAUAGAAGUUAAAAUGUCUGGAAAGCGUAAGCGUGUAGUGUUGACAAUUAAAGAUAAACUUGACAUUAUAAAGAAACUUGAAGAAGGUAGCUCUUUCAAACGACUUUCAGUUGUUUAUGGGAUUGGUGAAUCAACUGUUCGGGAUAUAAAAAAGAACAAAGAGAGAAUUAUAACUUAUGCAAAUAGUUCAGAUCCAACAAGUGGUGUAGCCAAACGCAAAUCUAUGAAGUCAUCAACAUAUGAGGAACUUGACAGGGUUAUGAUAGAAUGGUUCAACCAACAAAGAAACGAAGGGAUUCCAGUAUCUGGGACAAUUUGUGCAAAGCAAGCAAAAUUCUUCUUCGAUGCUUUGGGGAUGGAAGGUGAUUUUAAUGCAUCAUCUGGCUGGCUAACCCGUUUUAAGCAGAGGCAUGGCAUUCCAAAGGUUGCUGGUCAAGGUACAAAGUUAAGUGGUGAUGAAACAGCAGCCAGUGAAUUUUGCUGCAGUUUCAGGGAAUUUGUUGAAAAGGAGAACCUACAACCAGAACAGAUUUAUAGUGCUGACCAAACUGGAUUAUUUUGGAAGUGUCUGCCAUCAAGGACAUUAGCUUUUGAAACAGAGCAAAGUACUUCUGGGUACAGGUCAAGCAGAGAGAGAAUCAUUAUCAUGUGUUGUGCUAAUGCUACUGGUUUACACAAACUUAAUCUUUGUGUAGUGGGGAAAGCAAAGAAACCCCGUUCAUUUAAAGGAACUGAACCUUCCAACCUUCCUGUCUCUUACUUCAGUCAAAAAGGUGCAUGGAUAGAACAUCCUGUUUUCAGGCAAUGGUUUGACAAAAAUUUUGUGCCACAGGUACGAAAGAAUUUAAAAUCCAAAGGGUUGCUGGAAAAAGCAGUAUUGCUUUUGGAUUUUCCACCAGCUCAUCCAGAUGAAGAAAUCUUGAGUUCAGAUGAUGGUAAAAUCUUUGUAAAAUAUUUGCCUCCUAAUGUGACAGCAUUAAUUCAACCUAUGAGCCAAGGAAUUUUAGCUACAGUGAAGAGGUAUUACCGAGCAGGACUUCUUCAGAAGUACAUGGAUGAAGGGAUUGAUCUUAAAAUGUUUUGGAAAAAUCUAACUGUGUUGGAUGCUAUUUAUGAAGUGUCAAGGGCAUGGAACAUGAUAAAGUCAGUGACCAUCACAAGAGCAUGGAAUAAACUUUUCCCUGGUAGUGAGGAAAAUAUCGGCUUGAACUUUGAUGAGGGAGCUAUUUUAGCAGCUAACUUAGCCACAGUUUUACAGCACACAGAAGGUUGUGAAAAUGUUGAUAUUGAAAACAUUGAAGACUGGUUUGAAGCUGAGAGUACUGAACCGAGUUAUGAUGUAUUAACAGAUAGUGAAGGAACACAAGGCCAGGUAGACCAAGCUGAUCACUCAAGUGAAAAUGAGGAGGUAGAGGAAACAGAGCUUAUUUCACAAAGGCAUAUUAGCCAUAAAUCUGCUCUCGAAUGGACUGAGAAUUUACUGGAUUAUCUGGAACAGCAGGAUGAUAUGCUUCUCUCUGACAAACUGGUAUUAAGAAGGCUUCGAACCACAAUAAGAAAGAAACAGAAGACCCAAAAUAAUAACAAAAGUCAGUAACAAUGUUUUUAAGUGUUUGUGAGUUUGUGACUAUUAACUUGCACUGAAGGUUCAUUAUUUUAUUUAAAGUGUUGUUAAUUCCAAAGCUAAAUACAUUUUAUAAAUGAAUUUGGGAUUAUCAAUGCCACUAUUUUCUUCCAGUAACACUGAUAAUUAAGAAUUAAUCUGUAACCUUCCUACUGUUUCUAAUCUUGAUUGUAUUCAUUAGAUCAUGAGCCUCAUGAGGCCAGUGAUCAAGUGUAUUGUUUUGUACCGAAAUGACAUAGUGUCUAAUAUAGGGCCAUCUACUUUUGGCUUUUCAAUAAAUACUAACUGAAUUGUAUAUUCACUGCCUUCAGUGAACUUCAGUUUUCAAUUUUAACAUAUAGGGUAAGUUUUUUGGUGUUUUUGUUUUUGUUUUGUUUUUUAAUCCCUAUGACAUUUCUUUCUAGGAAAACUUUAAACAAUUCUGCAAAGAUUUUGAUUGAAAAUAUGUUCUUUAUAACAACUGGAUCAAAAUGAAGGAAAUAGACUGAAGCCUUCAAAAUAUAGGAAGACUGAAAAAGUGAUAUUUAGAAAACAAGUAAUCCAGCUUUGAUGGUGGUGAAUGGAGAAGCAAGAUCAAAAUGUCCCCUUAUUGAAAUUGUUUUUAUCUUCACCUCUGAGGGGGGAGGUCAUACAUUAUCCUGGGAAUCCCCCUUUAUUUUGCCUACUGAUCAUACUGAAUUAGUACCUGAAAAGUGGAAUUAGAGGAGAAAAAUUUGUGACAAAUUAAUUUCUUACAAGGCAGCAUAAGCAUAAACACUUCAUUCAUAAGCAGAUCACGCCAGCAUAACUCCUCUUGCCAUUUCUAGGACUCUAACUUUUAACACACCAGGCAAAUGCUAAUUAGUAGGUUAGGGUAACUUGUGUAGGAGAAACUCUAAGAAGAAAAUGGUUAACAAUUGGCAGAUUUUAUGUUGAAAACAUAGAUCAGUAUAGAAUCUUCGCCUUCAGUGUAAGGAGCCCUCGAUUGAGAAGAAUGAUUUUGAAUCCUAACUGAAAAUGAUGUCCUUGCCAAGAAAGUCAACUUGAUUUUAUUUAAAAAUUUGUUUCCUGUAAAAGGAAAAUGUAAUUUUUUUGGUGAUAUUUACAAUUUAUUAAGUGAUCGAAUUGUUUUAUUUAUUUAUUUAUUUUUGGUUUUAGAUUCAUUCAGAACCCUGGGAAUGUUGGUUGAAACUAAAUUUGAGUCAGGUAGAUUGAUACCUUAUUGGGAAGGCAGUAGGACUAGAGGUUUAGGAUAUGGGAAAAGGAUUGCAUUAUGGCAGAAAGGAUCAGAAAAGAACUUUGAAGUUAGAGGGUAUGAUAACCAGGGUUGGCAAAGUAUACAGCUCAAGGAGGAAGCCAUUUCUUCAUUUUGCAAUUUGAGAGUGUCACUGGGCCCCAUUUAUACAAAAACCAAAAAUGUCCCUUAACUUGUUCCUUGUGGCUAAAUUUUCACCAUUAAUUUAUUGCAUAGUGAAUGCACCAGUGGCACUUAAGUGUUGGACUGGAAAAAAUGGAACUACUCUGAGUUGCAAAGCAUUUCUGUGUGGCCUCUGUUAAAAUACAUGUUAUCUGAGAAUAGACAUUGGCACAAUUUAGUUUACCAGAUUACUUAGCUGUUAGUGAACAGAAGUCUGGAAGGAAUGAGGCACAGGACAGGUAAGGUGCAUAUAUUUUAAAGUGAAAGACCUCGAAUAGUCCAAGGAGACUGAGUCUCUGUUCUAAGGAUUAUCAAAAAUAAGGCAUACUGGGGGCAGCUAGAUGGCGCAGUGGAUAGAGCACCGGCCCUGGAGUCAGGAGUACCUGAGUUCAAAUCCGGCCUCAGACACUUAACACUUACUAGCUGUGUGACCCUGGGCAAGUCACUUAACCCCAAUUGCCUCACUUAAAAAAAAAAAAAGAAAGAAAAAGAAGGCAUACCUAUUUCAUGAUUUUUCUUUUCAUAGUGGUGGCAGUAUUUGACAAUCUGGUAAGUUUAUAGGGUUAAGGGAUUUAUAUACAUACAUAUAUGUAUGUAUGUGUGUAUAUAUGUAUAAAAUGUUGCUAUGUUCAAAGUUUUCAUUUAGUAAUUUAGUUCAUAUCAUUUAAUAAUACUAAAUGGAAAUAGAUAUUUGCAAAACAAGGAAAGUGGUCUCUAUUGAUGUGACUUGUUCACCUUUUGGAUUGGAAUUACUGGGAAUUUAUAAGGAGAAUUUCCCAAGUUUAGAUUUGUGGGACUAGGAUUGUGAGAUGAUUUCUAUUAUACCUGUACCCAACUUCAAAUGAAAAUAUUUAUCAUACUGGGCCAAGACUAAUGAGCUAGAAAAAACAAGAACAACAAAAAACAAAGCUGUAUUUAUGUUUGAAAUUGGCCGUAAAGGAUCAUAGAGCUGUGACUUCAAAGACCAUUUAGUUUAACCCUUCAUUUUGUAGAUAAGAAAACUAAGUUCUAUGGAGAUUUAAGUGACUUACAUAGGGUCACAGAAAAUUUCAGGUAGGAUUUGAACUCAGGCCCUCUCACUUCAGUGUCUGAGUGUAACCUUGUUCUCUAUGGAGUAAUAUGCAGGGUAUGUAGAAAAGGUUACUGUGUAAUAGCUGUUAUAGAAGUUGCAAAAUGUCAUAGUGGAGUGAGAACUAAACUUGGAGUCAGGAAGAUCUGAGUUUUUAAUAUUGCCUCUGAUUCUUAUUACCUCUGUGACCCUGGACUAGUCACAUAACUUUUCUUGACUUCAGUUUCCCUAUCUGUAAAAUAGGAAUAACAUCUAUAUCAUAGUUAUACUGUGAGCAUCAACUAAGAUUUUAUAUAUAUGUGUGUGUAUCAUUUUGCCAUCCUUAAAGCACAAUAUAAGUAAGUGUUAGCUAUUAUCAUUACUAUUAUAGCCUUAAAUCUGAACCAAAUUCAGUGGUUUGAAAACACCACUAUUUGGCAUAUUUUAAUCAGCUUGAAAAUGAGAAUGUCAGCUAUAAUUGGUGUAACAUUUUAUUAAAAUUUUUAAGAUGUGACAAUAAUUUCAAAUGGUGUUGCUUGAAUAGUUUAUAGGACCUAACAGUGCUGGAACAUGAACUUUUUAAGGUGAAGGUUAGAAAUUAUAAUAAUAACUUGCAUUUAUAUAGCACCUUAAAGUUUGCUAAGCACUUUGCAUAUGUUGUCUCAUUUGAUGCUCAUAACAACCCUGGGAGGUAAGUGCUGUUAUUAUCCACAUUUUACAGAUAAGGAACAGGUUGAGAGAGGUUAAAUGACUUUUCCACUGGUCACAUAGCUAAUAAGUUUUAAAUGGGAUUUGAAUUAAAGUCUUCCUGACUCCAAGUCCUGACUCUAUCUGCUACUUGCUUCAAACUGACAUAUGGUUCUAUUUAGCUAACCCAUCACUGGACUUGUAACCAAGUGAUCUUAAGACUCCUUUAAACAAAAAUUUAUCACAUAAGCCCUUUCCACGUGUCAAGUCAUUGACAUCUUAGAUAUAAGGUAUAAGGGGCUAAAAUUCUAGCUAUACUAUUUAAAAUCUAAUGAGUGGUCGCCAAUAAAUUAUAAGCUUUAGCAAGAGUAUUUAAGUGUUUAAGUAUUUAUUAAAGAGCAUUAGGAUCAG